AUGUUAAUAACUUACGUCUCCUAGUACGUCUCUCACCAGUAACAUGUGUUGUCCAAGGAUAAUUCAUGGCAUGCUAGUCUCCCUUUGACUAAUCCAUGUCUCUUCAACUUGGGCCGCAUGAUCACCCGAAAGGUUAUUUAUCUCACCAUGUAUUGGCCCUUGGAUGAUCCGACGCUUGAACGUGCAGGUUUCGCUUUGACACAUCACCCGCUCAUUUUCAUGCCCACUUACAACCGCACACGUACAAUAGCACGCCCAUAUUUUACAUCACCGGUGCAGCGCGCUAAUAUAAGACUGAGUCUCUCGCUUGUUUCUUCCAGCCUGCUUCUCUCGUUGCUCAUAUUACCAUGUCUACGCCUGAUAAUUUUGUGCUGAAAAAGCUCUUCGAUCUCAAUGGCCUGGUCGCACUAGUGACUGGUGGUGGCACAGGCAUUGGCCUUAACAUUGCACGUGGCCUCGCUGCUAACGGGGCCAAGGUUUACAUCACCGGCCGACGAAAGGAGGUUCUUGAUGCCGUUGUCGCGGAGUGGAAUGCAACUAAGGGAGACGACAUGGGGCCUAUGAUCUCGCAUGAGAUGGAUGUAACUAAAAAGGACAGCAUCAAAGCUGGUGUAACGAGAAUAUCCCAAGCAGAGGGAAAGCUACACAUUCUCGUGAACAAUGCUGGCCAAUGUGGUCCUGUCUCUGAUGAAUUUAAUCAACCAUCGCCGACUGCUCAGAAGGAGGCCGGACCAAUAAGUGAAUACCUCUUCAACAAUGAAUCGUUCGAAGAAUGGAACUCCCUUUUCGCGAUUAACACUUCUUCGAUCUACUUUGUGACCAUUGCGUUUUUGGAUCUGCUCGACAAGGGCUCCAAGGAUCACGAUAAAGAGGGGUUCUCUUCAAGCGUCAUCAACAUCACAAGUAUCAGCGGGCUCAUAAAGGUUGCACAGAGACACUUCUGCUACAACAGCUCAAAAGCUGCUGGGUCUCACCUCACCAGGAUGCUUUCGACGGAAUUUGCUCUCAAAGGAAUCAAUGUCCGAGUAAAUGCUAUCGCGCCAGGCGUGUAUGAAAGCGAGAUGACACACGACGCGAUCACCGGACGAGCAGCAACUGAUUCGGUCGGUAUGCCAGUGGUGUCUGUACCAGCGAAGAGGCCGGGGACCGCUGCUGAGAUGGCAGGCACCGCCGUGUACCUUGCAUCGCCUGCUGCGGGUUACAUGAAUGGGCAGGAAUUGGUCAUUGAUGGUGGGUACUUGGCUGUGAAUCCUUCCAGGGUGUAGAAUGUUGUGGGUCGGGUUGCCUUAUGGCCUUGCGGAGCUGAUUUCUUUGGGUCAUCGUGUAUUAUUGUUCCAUCCGACAUGUCGUGUACAAUAAGUAUAGUCCUGCAGCAGGCGAACAGGGUAUAGAUGUAAUACUUAUAUUUGGCAUUUGCAAUCCGAUGGGAUCGCUCCAUUCUCCGAAG